UUAAACUACAUAACAUUCUUUAAUUUAUUUAAAAGAGGAGAGGAAAAAAACACUGAUAAAAUCUAAUUAUUUUAUAUUAAACUCUACAUAUUCAAAUUUUAAUGUUGAUGUACAUAAUUGAAUCUUGUAAAUGAAACUAGGCUCUAAUUCAUUAUUAAGGAUAAUUAAGCUCUCUCUCACCAAGUAUCUGAUUCGAAAUCAUUGUCUUUAGUCUAUAGCUAGCUAAGUAGCUGGUUGUUACGAGUACAUAUAUAAUUGGAUUGAAAAGGUAGGACUAGUAUAUAAAUAUAUAUUAUUACUUGCCUCCUUUGCUUAGCCAUGUCCGAUCCUCUGAUAUUCUUUGCCUUUUAAAUAAAUCAUCCUUGAAGUUCUCCUCAAGUGAUCCCUUCUAAUCUUCUCAUCCACAGUUCCUUUUAUCAUAAUCCUUUAAUUUCUUCUUCAUCAUUCCACCACUACUACUACUACUACACUUGUUCAUCAUCAUCAUUAUUCUUAUUAUUACUAUAUUCAUAUAAUACCAUAAUAUACCAUGAGGCCACAUAACGAAACCAAUCCCCAUUUCGCUAGACCUACACAACCACAACUCCAAGGACAAGGGCCACCACCAGCUCAUCAUGAUGACCACCAUGACCCCACCACACCACCAGGCCGCCGCCGCCGCCAUCACCACCACCACCACCGUGACCCAACUUCCCCACAACCACAAGGGUAUCAUCGUCCUCAACAAAAACAACAAAGGCACGGUCACCACAAAGAUUCUUCCCGGCCAGUGGUCCCAAUAGUAGUCCCUAGUGGUCACGAAAACCAAGCCCACCACCAACCGUUUGAUCGAUACGACGAAAGAGACCACCGACCCCUGCAGCCACGCGCAGGCCAAUCCCCACCAUAUAAUCACCAACAUCCUCCAGAUAUAACCGGUGUGGACCAUCCCAAGCCGCCGCCAGCCGCCGCAACCGCCGCCUCGACCGUGCCACGUCAUGAAGAUGACCAAGAAUCAAAUGUGUGGGGCAAUUGGCGACGUGGGCCAAUCCACGAUGGUAAUAUGAUUAUGCCACCGCAACGCAAGACAAGCUCAUUCGCAUGGUUAGUAGCAUUCUUCUGUGCAAUCUUUUGGGUUGUCAUAAUCCUCGGAGGCCUAGCAGUACUCAUAGUCUACCUCAUUUUCCGUCCUAGGAGUCCGAGGUUCGACGUGUCAGCAGCAACACUAAACGCAGCAUAUCUCGACAUGGGUUACCUACUCAAUGCUGAUCUAACAUUUCUAGCAAACUUCACAAAUCCAAAUAGGAAAGUGGACAUUCACUACAGCUAUAUGUACAUUGAACUUUAUUACGGAAGGAGUCUUAUUGCUACUCAAUCUAUUGAGCCUUUCUCUGCACCUAAGGCUGAGACUAAAUUGUUAGACCUUCAUGCUGUGACUAGUCAAGUUCGGCUUUCUGAGCUCGAAAUACAAAGAUUUAAGAGACAGUUGAUGAACAAUGGUGUUUUGUUUGAAGUAAAAGGAUUCUUCAGAGCAAGAUCUAGCUUUGGUGGUCUUUUGAGGUACUCUUAUUGGUUGCAUGGUCGAUGUACUAUCAUGGUGACCAGACCUCCUAAUGGGGUUAUGGUUGCAAAGAAAUGCAAAUCAAAGCACUGAUCUUUGUUAUUUGACAUGUAUACACAAAAUGCGCCCAGAUUUUUUUUUUUUUUUACAAUUUAUUUUUUUGAGGUCUAAUUGAACCAAAAGCUAUUGAAAGCCAUAUAUGAUGAUGAUGAUCAAGAAAGUGAGAAUACAUCUUGAUGAAAAA